AUGAGUGGAAAGGUGACCAAGCCCAAAGAAGAGAAAGAUGCUUCUAAGGUUCUGGAUGACGCCCCUCCUGGCACACAGGAAUACAUUAUGUUACGGCAAGAUUCCAUCCAAUCUGCGGAAUUAAAGAAAAAAGAGUCCCCCUUUCGUGCUAAGUGUCACGAAAUCUUCUGCUGCCCGCUGAAGCAAGUACACCACAAAGAAAACACAGAGCCCGAAGAGCCUCAACUUAAGGGUAUAGUUACCAAACUAUACAGCCGACAAGGCUUUCACUUGCAGCUGCAGGCAGAUGGAACCAUUGAUGGCACAAAAGACGAGGAUAGCACUUACACUCUGUUUAACCUCAUCCCCGUGGGACUUCGAGUGGUGGCUAUUCAAGGAGUUCAAACAAAGUUGUAUUUGGCAAUGAACAGCGAGGGAUACCUGUACACUUCGGAACAUUUCACACCUGAGUGUAAAUUCAAAGAAUCCGUGUUUGAAAAUUAUUACGUGACAUAUUCAUCGAUGAUAUACCGCCAGCAGCAGUCAGGCAGAGGGUGGUAUCUGGGUCUGAACAAAGAAGGAGAGAUCAUGAAAGGAAACCAUGUGAAGAAGAACAAGCCUGCAGCCCACUUUCUGCCCAAACCACUGAAAGUGGCCAUGUACAAGGAGCCAUCACUGCAUGAUCUCACGGAGUUCUCCAGAUCUGGAAGUGGGACCCCAACCAAGAGCAGAAGUGUCUCUGGAGUGCUGAAUGGAGGCAAAUCCAUGAGCCACAAUGAAUCAACGUAG